CAUCAUAGGUAGACUCAAUAGUAUUUAGAAAAGUCUUGUAAUUCUGAUCACAUGAAAGAUUAUCAUAAGCAUGUUCUAAUCCAUAAUUAAGCAUCCCUCUUAAUCCAGCCUCAUAAAUCUUAUAUUCAUGAAACUCUAGAAAUGAAAGCAUAUUAAAUCAUUACUCAUAUGAAUCUUUGAAUUUCUGCCUAUAUUUUUUUCAAUUUUACUUAAAUUGGCACAUAAAAUUUGUUCAAGAGCAAAGCUCCCACAUAUUUCCAGGUCCAAAUUUCAGGAAAGAAAUGCAAAGGCAUUCAGUGGCUGUGAAGCUGCUACUUCAUUAUAAGGCGCAGGAGUAUGGCAACUUUAAAUUGCUUGACGAAAAACGGGUAUUUCAAUCAAUUUUGACCUCAUAAAUCCAAAUACCCAUUUCAACAAUCGGGUCAAUAGACGCCAUACUAAGAUUUAAAACUGAUUUAAUCAAAUUUGUAGUGGAAAAUGAUGAAAAUAAUUUCUGGGUAUCAUCAAGAUUUAGGGUUGAAGAAGGAUUUUCGUUUUGGAGUUGUUUUAUGAAAAAUGAAUCGGGUUUUUCAUCGAACUUGAGGCCGAUUUUUUGCUUCCCUCUAAUCCCAUAUCAAUAAUCAUAGUCUCCUUGAUUUCCUGAUCUUCAGAAGCAGGAAACAGGAUGUAAAUCGGCAAUAAUCUCACAUUUAUUGGAAUCCGAUUCAGUUUCUUCUGCGAUUUCGCUCGUAAUUGAAUUUGAUUUUGAACCUAAUUGAAAUUCGGAAGCAAUUGAUGAUAUGCAAGAAGUUUCUGAAUUAUUUGAUGAAAUUGAUUGUUCGAUUUCCUCUGUUAUGAUCACAUUCAAUGGAAUGUUCAAUGAUUCAAGUUUCUUUUUCAAUCGAUUCAGUUUGGAAGCUUUUUCUUAAUUAUUUCUUGAACUAUGAAGUUUUUGGGUGAGAUAAUUGGGGGGUUUAAUACUGGAAGCUCAUCUUAAAGGUUUAAAGAAUGGAGUAUCCGUCUCUUAGAUUCCAUACUAAGCUGCCAUGGAAGGAGAGUAGGAAAAGGGAGGAAGAAGAAGAAGAAACUAACCAUGGUUAAGUCAUUCCAGAUUUAACGGCAACUUAACGGAAAAUUAAUUAAUAGUGUCACGGUUGUAAUUAGCAUAUACUUGGGGGGUACCACUGAAAUGCAGUGGGGUACCAUUGUAAUUUUUCAAUAGUACAAGGGUACCAUUGAUAAUAACCCAAAAUAAUAUUAUAAAUAAAAAACAAUUGAUGAACUUUAUAAAAUGUUUUAAGAUAGUGUCGGAGUAUAUUACUUCUAUUAUCUAGACGUGCCGAAAGCAAAACUUACCAACCAGAAUUAAUUCCAUAGAUUCUCCCUCUUGUCAACGACGAACAUGCUUUUUUUCUCCUCAACAACCACCGCACAACCCUCGCCGUUAAAAUCGCCGGCAAAUGUGCCGGGGAAAUCCUAUUUUCUUAACACCAUUGCCGGGAAUCUUCCUUUCUCCUCGCUUUUAAAUCUCCGAAGAAAAUAUCUUCAUUUUCAUGGCGGAAAAACCCUUACAAUUCGCUCUAUUGACGCAGCUCAACCUUACGAUUAUGAAUCAAAACUUGCGGCCAAUAACAUCAAACCAUCCUCCUCAUCUUCAUCAUUACCUUCUUCGUCGUCGUAUACGAAGUUGAAAAUUGCAAUCGUUGGGUUUGGUAAUUAUGGACAAUUUUUAGCGAAAUCGUUUGUAGCUCAAGGACAUAAAGUUUUAGCAUAUUCGCGAUCAGAUUACUCAAAAAUUGCAUCCAAUCUUGGAGUAUCUUUUUUUUCUGAUCCGCAUGAUUUAUGUGAAGAACAUCCUGAGGUAAUUUUAUUGUGUACUUCAAUUCUAUCAACUGAAUUGAUGUUGAAUUCACUGCCAUUGCAACGAUUAAAAAGAUCGACGUUGUUUGUUGAUGUUUUAUCGGUGAAAGAAUUUCCGCGAAAUUUAUUUAUGCAAAUUUUACCACCUGAUUUUGAUAUUUUAUGUACUCAUCCUAUGUUUGGACCUGAAUCUGGUAAAAAUGGCUGGGGAGGAUUACCUUUUGUGUAUGAUAAGGUUAGAAUUGGGAAUACUACUAAUAGAAUUAAGAGGUGCGAAAGUUUUUUGGAUAUUUUUAGAAGGGAAGGAUGUAGAGUUGAGGAGAUGACUUGUGCUGAGCAUGAUAGGUAUGCAGCAGGGUCGCAAUUUAUCACACAUUUUCUAGGGAGAGUGCUGGAGAAGUUCGAUUUAGAAGAUACGCCAAUUAAUACGAAAGGUUAUGAGAGUUUGUUGAACUUGGUGAAUAAUACCUCUAAAGAUAGUUUUGAGUUGUUUUACGGUUUGUUUUUGUACAAUCAGAAUGCAAUGGAGCAAUUAGAGAGGUUAGAUUGGGCGUUUGAGUUGGUUAAGCAGCAGCUGUUUGGACAUUUACAUGGUUUGUUAAGGAAACAAUUGUUCGGGUGUACUGAGCUUGAAGAACCUAACAAUAAGUCUAAGGAAUUGAAGUUGCUUUCAGAUUCUAACCCACAGAAUGGUUCUGCUUUGGCUCCUAGAGAAAAUGAGAAUUCGGAAGUUAACUAAAUGUUUUUCUUUUGCUGGGUUGUUUGACUUGUUGGUGCUGUAGUUGGACAUGGAUUUUGUAUCGGUUGAAUUACGUGGGAUGCUAUAUCUAGAAAGGCUCCUCAGUCGGGGUUGAAAUUCAGUAUGUUUUGUUGCUUAUAUGUUGCUGGAUUAGGCCCUGAGUACUCAAGAUUUUGAAUGGAAAGUGCUUUUGCAAAGCGAGUGGACUGAUAUGAUCCGUCUUUUAGCAUGGAAGUUGCAAAAAAUUUGACUUUUGUUAGUUUUUAGUUUUAGCGGUUGUCUAAUUCUGUUUUUUUGUAGUUCUUUAGCACUGUCUUUUUAUUUUGAGAAAGAGUUGUACUACACAGGCCUACAUUUUCUGCUAUAUCUGUAUUCUUAUGAAUAAAAUAUAAGAUACUUGGUUGUUCAAUCAGCAAAUGUCUUGCGCAAAAUUGAACCUGAUGAGGUUAUUACUUGUAAAUUUUGAUGAUUUUUUGCAUUAUAACGCCCUUGAGAUCAAACUCCAUACUUGAGAGCCUAAACUAAUCGUCACCGGCAACAUACUGAAUCUUGGAAUUAUCUAAGAUAAUUCUCAGAUAUUUUUAAGAUUUUUGACUGAUUAUACUUUAUGGAAGCCCUGAACAGUUUCUCAAUGUCUUUCAUUUUUGUUAGUCUUUAAAAGUGAGUUCUUAGAUGACAACAUAAUUUUGAAUAAUGUAAGUGGCAUUUAUGUGCUUAAUGUAUCAUUUGUGUUCUAUUUCUUGGAUGAGGAUACCCACAAAAUUUUCCUUUCUGAUGAUCAUGACAACUAAAACUUUUUUAUGCAUUUUCUCUAGCCUAAUUGAGUUAGCUGUCAUUGUACAACCUGUUAAGGAUGUUAGAACAUUGUUAGUCACCAGAUAUGCUUGCUUAAUAUAUGUUAUUGUCAGACAAAUAUAUGCACUCCUUCAUAAUUAACCAGUUAUUCAGUUAAACUGUGGUUUAUUAUUGUUUUACUUGUGUUGUGACUGCCUAUCUUUAGACGUAUUUUGUUUGUCUGGUUCUGAUUAUUGUAUCAGCUAUCUGUUUGAUUGGCUGACCAUAGAUUUUUCUUGUUUUGACUUUAGCUGUCCGUCACCACCCUGUUCAAAUUAUAUGAUUCUGUAUUGAUAGAUGUUUAACAUGUCAAAUAAAUUUUAGCCAAAAUUUUCGUUAGUGUAGACAUCAUUUUUAUAUUCUUUCAUCUUGUGGCCUAUAGAUGCUGGGGUAAUCCAUUUUUUUUGUUGAUGUGACUCUGCUAAAUAAGUCACUCGUUAUUAAGUUUGCAUUACUAUAAAAUUGACAGUGUUGACUGCUGAGGUGCUUUAUACUGUGAUGCAAUAAUGGAUAUAGACUGAUAAUGUAACUUGUAUUAAUGUAAUUAUUUGAAUCUUGAAUGUUGCUUAUGAGGUUUCAUGUUCCACAAAUUGGUGCAAGUCUUUGAAUUCUGGAAUGCACCAUAUGCUUUAGCAUUGAUUCUAGAUCUGCCUUGGGAUGCCUAUAAAAGUCAAGCAGUAUACCCCUAUAAGUUAUAUAACUUACGAUUGGGCUUUUCCCUUCACUAACAAAAAUAUACAUAUCAGAAAGUAAUUUAGUUCUUCCCGGCUAAGCAUCGAACCUUAUCUGAUCUUCCAGGAUAAUUCAGACAUGGCCUGUUGUACCAAUUAAGCCUUGCUCGUGACUGAGCAUUGUCUCGUUGGCAUAUCCCUUCACCGCGUGUUCCUAUAAAAAUUACGAAACAAUCAAAGAACAGGGUACCUUUGGGGUGAUUGUGGUGGUAGUACGGUGGUUGGUCGAAAACCAUGGAAUUCCUGCAAAUUAACACCAAGAACCCCAGGGUGGCCUCCGGGGCGUUGCCUCCGAUGCCCAAGCUAAUGCCCACAUAUAAGAGAUAUAAUGUAGUAGUAGUGUUCAAAGAGAGAAAGUCUCCUAUUGCUUUAGAGAGGUUAAAAUAUGUCCUCUUUUACUUACCCCCAAGAGGUUAUAUUUAUAGUGAGACUCUAGGUUUAACCUAGUUGACUUAGUCCAUAUAAAAUAUGGGCUCAUAUUUUAUGUACAAACACCACGGAUUGAGUGAUUGAUGUGGAGUAUAAAUAUCUUUGCUGAUCCUUUUUUAGUAAAAGAAAGUGUUAAUUGGGUUGUCCAUCGUGCAACUUUGUAUACAAUGAUUGGACUGAAACACCAAAAGCAUUCUGAUCUAACAUGACUUUUAAAGAAAAGUGUAACUUUUUACUUGAUUUGCUAAUCAUUCUCUGUUUCAGCAAGCAAGCAAAUGAGUUCUUUAUUGUUCUUCUUACGUUAUUGUGUUAAUAAAACUGCUGCACUAGAGUCUCAUUUUAGCUACUACUAACUGAAAGCAUACCUGAAAACAAUCCUGCAUAUUGAAAGGCAAGUGGAGUUGAUUCAGCCCUUUUACUCCUUCAAGUAAUGAAGGUAAGAGGUGGAGAGCAGUGAGGUCAGUUGCAGAAAUAUUCAUCGAAGAAAUAUGGUGAAAUAUAUUGCUUUGGUACAUCUUCACUGUUGAUGUAAAUUUCUUUCACAGAUUUCUAUAAUAAUCAGAGCGUAGAAGUGAAGGCAUAUCGUGUCGUGAAGUUUCCAGCUCAAUAUUUUAAUGUCUAUAUGCUACACUGCAAGUAAGUCAUGUUCUAUUUUGCACUGAAGUACAGUUUUUAGAAUGUUAUUGUCGUAGAUUAAGGCUAAUCAGAAGAGGGCUUUCUAAUCGGCCAAUUUUAAUGUUUUAGCCUAAACCUAUUGACAUUUCUGCUAUUCCCUCCCACUAGCUAGUUCAUAAAAGGCAGUUUUAUAUCAAAUUAUCAAAUCAAAGGUUAAUUGCAAAUAACAUAUCCAUGUUGUGUAGUGCAUAAGUGCGUGCAUCCCACCUCUUUUCCUUAACUAAUAAAGAUGGCUAGUGAAACUGGCAUUUCUGGUGUAUCCAAAACCAAAAUCAUCACCACUAGAGAGGACGAGAUAAUGAUUCCACAACACGAUGCUACAAGAGAAAUUAACUUGUCAAGAUAAUAAUAUUCAAUCAAAAUUUUCUUGAAUAAUUGCAUUUUGAAAUACAUAUAGUUGCAUCUCAUUGAAUCUUAGCUUUUAAGAGUGCGCCUCUGGUACGCCUCGUAUUGAGGCUUUUGAAAAAUCGCUUUUGUUAGUCUGUGCUCAGUCAUAUACAUGAAGUGCGCUCUUUGAAGAAAGAUGAAAAAUGAAGGAUUUUCUCUUAUUUAUGAAGACAGAAAAAGAAAAAGAGGCGAAAUAAAGAUUUGCUUAGAUUUUAUUUAGAGUUGCUAGUAGAGCUUCUAGCCCUAUGGUUGCUUUUUUACUUAGAUGAUCACCUGGCGUAAAUUUUUGUUUGGUUUUGUUUUGUCUUCUUUGUAGCCCCUUUGGGUGUUUCUGGGGCUUUGUAUGGGCUGUUGCCUUGCUCUUUCUUUGAUUUUUUGAUCUUAAUAUAAUCUUCUAAUUCCCCCAAAAAAAAAUUGCUUAGAUUUUUACAACUUUGUGGACCUCUUUCCCUAGGCCUCCACAUGACUAGGUGCAAUCUGUUUUUUUAUUCCCUUUUCUAUCUUCUUUGUUGUGGAUUCAAUGUCAUUUUUCUUCUCUUAUGGCGUCUUUGAUUUUUAGUAUUAGUUAGUUUCUUUUUUGAAUUUUCUAUUCUUCUGUCUACUUGUUUUUUCAUUUUUAUUCUCUUUUGGUUUUGAUUUUUCUUCUUCUUUUUGUAACAAUUAGACAUAGAAGAAUUAGACAAAUUGCUCUAAAAAGUAGAUUAGCAACAUGAUAAUGAAUGUUUUAGAUCUUUGAUUUAUUUAUAAUAUUUACAUUAUAUUAUUUUAAGUCUCAAAUAUGCUCUGGAAACUGGAAUUGUUAAUAAGCUUCUGAGACAAAAGGUACGGUUCCACUACGAAAUCUCCAUGCUUUCACAUUGCACCUAGGCUCCAUAACCCUUCUGCACCUUGCUCUUUUUAAAACUAAGCAUUGAUUGUUGAAGAAUAUGAUCGACCCUUUGAGACAUAAAAAUAGGUUAAUAGAGGAUUAUUAGCGUUUGGAUGACUUGUUCAUUCUUAUAAGAGACUCAAGUGUUUUCCUGGUUCAUGUAUUCUUCUAUUAUAAAAACUUUUAUUGUUGCAUAACCAUGUCAUCACUCAUCACCUUUUUUUUUUUUGCAAUGAAGUUAUUUUUAUAUUCUUAACAUUUUGUAGACAAAGUCUAUUAUUGGUCUAGAACUGAGUAAUUACUAUAACGAGACCAACAGAGUUGAAGGCUGGCUUGGAAGUGAAUACUGAUUAGCUUGAAGUCUUCAAUGCUAGUAAUAUAGGAAAAAUAAAUUGGAUCGGGCUCAACUUUGCCUCUUCCCACAUCAGUAGUCUGAAAUUUGCGCAAACUGCUCUCAGUGGGUUGAACUUUGAAGAUAGUUUUUUUUGUUAGAUGUUUUUACUCGUAACCAGAAUAGCAUGUUAACUUUUUAUUUGAACUUUUUAUAAUAAAAAAAUGUUAAAGAAAAAAAGUAAAAGAAACUAAAUUUUCAUAAAAUUAAAUUAAAAAAAGAAAAUAAAUUCCCUUUCUUUCUGUC